AUGCCGCGAUCAUCUUCCGCGGAGCCGACCAAGCCGUCGUCCUCCAAGCGCAAGGGCACCCGUAGCGUCUCUACCCUGACCCCCUCACAGCUCGCGCGCAAGCGGGCCAACGACAGAGAAGCCCAGCGAGCCAUUCGCGCCAGAACCAAGGAGCACAUUGAGCGUCUGGAGCGAGAACUCGACGAGCUCCGAAGCGUCCAGAAUCGCGACAAGACGGUCCAGGACCUGAUGCGCCGCAACAGGGCGCUCGAGGACGAGCUCCGCCAGCUCAAGGACUCCAUGGGCGUCUCCAUCACGUCGUCUCCCUACUCUGCCCCAACCGUCUACGAUGACAGCUGCGGCACCUUUGCCAGUCCGAGAAUGUCGCCUCUUCCCGCUGGCGGAGCCGACUACAUUCCCGACUACAGCCCGACGUCGGUAACGUCGGUAACGUCAGUAACGGCGGCGGCGGCUGCCGCUCAGCAGCAGUACGUGCCCAUGCCCAACUGCGAGGCCUGGGCUUCCACGCUUCCCUCGAGCGUGCCCAGCCCGGCGUCGUCGGUCCACACGGAGGAGUACGGUCCGGCCUCGGGCUACAUCCCCACCAGCGUGCCCAGCAACAUGAUGGGGGCUGCGGCCAUUGAGCUCGUGAAUGAGACGUAUCUGCACCAGAACCAGCAGCAGCAGGCGCAGCACCAGCAGCAGCGACUCCAGAACUGGAACAACAUGUACACGGCCAUGUACUACGACGGCGGGAGCCAAAAUGCCGCCUGCAUCUCACGAUGA